AUGGAAAUUGGAAUGGAAAUCGAAAUGGAAAUCGGAAUGGAAAUCGGAAUGAAAAUUGGAAUAGAAAUCGGAAUGGAAAUCGGAAUGAAAAUUGGAAUAGAAAUCGGAACGGAAAUCGGAACGGAAAUCGGAACGGAAAUCGGAACGGAAAUCGGAACGGAAAUCGGAACGGAAAUUGGAACGGAAAUCGGAACGGAAUCGGAAUGGACAUGGAAUGCAAAUCUGAAUGGAAAUCGGAAUGGAAAUCGGAACGGAAAUCGGAAUGGAUAUCGGAAAGAAAUCGGAAUGGAAAUCGGAAUAGAAAUCGGAAUGGAAAUCGAAAUGUAA